AUGAAUUCGUUUCCGAAGCUGAGGCGAGGUACCAAGAGUUGCUACGAAUGUGAAGCCGUCCCGGUGAGACAUGGCUUUCUCGAGACUAACGCGAUCUCUUUGCUAGGUCGACGCCGAAAGGUCAAAUGCAUCUUCACUGGAGAUAACAAGAAGUGCGAAGAAUGUUAUGCUCGGGGGGCUACAUGUGUCGAGCAAGGCAAGGUCCCAGCUCAAGCUGUUCUAGCUCCUACUAGAGCGGGAAAGAGCCCUGGUAGUCACAGGGAUCCUUCAGCAUACAGCCUACGGGAAAGAGUUGCCCGGAUUGAGGCCUUUAUUGAAAGCUCCCUCAAAGGGCAGAAUUCAGUAGUGCCCUCCGAGCAUUCCAGUGAUGAAAGCAACCAGAGGGCAGGUUCCCCUAAAGACCGCACUCCCGGAGAACAGACAGAGUUGUCGACUGCUAGAAGCGCUGAAGACAGUGCAGUCCUCAGCCUCUUCAACAACAGUAUCAUCACUCGGGUACAUCAACAACAAGAGACUUCAAUCCGGUCUGAGACCUUGCCAUCGAGUCAAACAAAUUCAACAUUCGAUCCUACAAGAUAUUCACUUCUGAAUCUCCUCCCCGUAGAACCCGACCUUAACACUCUCAUCGAUCUAAGUCAGGAUUGGUGGCGUCGCGCUCCUCAUAGAUUCCCUGAGCUGUUUGAAAGCCAUGUUCCUACGGAUAUCAGAACCGAACUUUCUCGCAAGCUCUCUCUCCCUGAUCCUACUGAAACAAUAAAAGUGACACUCUGGACACUGAUCAGCGCAGAACGGCUUUCUCCAGACAUCUUCCAAAAGCCCACAUUCGACGAUCCGGCAGCUAUUGUCAACCUGAGUUCACAAGUUCUGCCUGCUAUAGAACGGUUUGUGCUGCAAAACGAUGAAGCGGCAAGGACACUCGAGGGCCUCGAAUGCCUACUCCUCCUCUCGGGAUAUUACUGCAACAUUGGGAAAUUGCGCAAGUCCUGGCAUAUUUGUCGAAGAGCUCUCGAAUAUGCCGUUAGCGAAGGUCUGCAUCGUGGAUUAAGCUUGAUUAGGUCCACUGAUCUAACUCCCCAGGGCGCCGAAUAUCGUCACGCCCACUUAUGGCAAAGCAUCUGUUUCAGGGACCGGUAUCUGAGUAUGAUUCUGGGACUCCCCUAUGGCAUUCCCAGCUCGUAUCUGUGGACCCAGAACCCACAAGCAUCGACUGCCGACGAGCAGCAUGGGCAUAAGUUCUAUUCCUUCAUGGCUUCAAUAGUCAGCCAAGUGAUCGAUAGGAAUCAUCAGUCUUUGUCGGAAGACACAUGGCUGACAACUCUCAAAAUCGAUCAAGAGUUGGAAGGACAUGUUAAGAGAAUGGACCGAAUGGACCCUCGCUGGUGGGACUUCAGUUCAGAGGCUCUAAGCGUCUACAGUCGCGAAGCCAACCUCGAGCGGUUCGAAGCUCACACGCUCAAGCACUUCAUUCGGGCCCUGUUGCAUCUCCCCUUCAUGCUCAAAUCGACAGGCCGGGGGCUUUAUCAGUACUCGUACGACACGACAGUUGGGUCAUCCCUGCAAGGGCUUGCGACGUACAAAGUCCUCCGUGUCGAUCUCGCACUGGACCCAUACCUCUGCACCACGUUUGACUUUCAAGCAUUCAUCAUGUCAGUACUGUUGACGUUACAUCUUAUCACGCAAUACCAGGGAGAGGGCUCCAAACCGACCCGCGAAGAUGACGCAGCCUGGGACGUGGUUCGCAACACCACCAAGAUUCUUCAACAGGCAUCUCAAGACGCUCGUGACAGCAACGCCGUCUCUAAACAAGCCGUCCCGGUAUUACAGAUGCUCAUGCGCGCUGCGAGACCAGACCGAAGCGGCGGCCCGUGCCCGUACGGGUUCGAUACUGGGGUGAGUUGCAAAGUCACCAUCCCGUGCUUCGGAGAGAUCAAGAUCGCGCCGGGCAAAAGGGGACCACGGUGUCUUGUAGACUGUCCGAGGACGAAGACGAGUACGAGUACGAUCGGCUUCAACGGUGUCCCUGUGGGUUCUACGUCGGAGGGUGCUGAUGUUUCUUCGACGCCCAUGCCCAUGCCCAUGCCCGUGCCCAUGCCCAUGCCUACCGAAUCAGCUCGCCCAGCUGACGCAGCAGAAUAUGACCACAUGAUCAUGUCACUGGACAAUGUGGUGGCUUUCCCGAGACUGGCAUGGGGAUGGGGAAAUGAUAUGGUUGACUAUCAUCCUACACAGGCGGAAAUGCCAAAUGUGACGCCAGACGCUUGGACGUGGACUGGGAAUGGACUCAGUGUGGGUUCAGACCUGCAGCAAGAAUGGGACCUGGAUUUCUUUGGGCCCUAG